AUGGGAUUACAAUGUCACGGUCCCAUUUGGGUCAUCGAUGACCUGACUCCUUGUUUUCAACGCAACUAUCUUCGAAUUCUCUUCCCGCUCAUCGCCUGCGGCUUGUCCCUUCUUCUAAUCCUAUUUCGCACACUAUAUCCUCGGUUUACUGAAUGGCGACGAUCCGUGUAUAAGCCCCUCGCCAAUGGCCGAGUCAACCCAGACACUGUCGAUGAAGACGAGGAUAGUGAGCUUGAGGAGGAGGAUGUGGCUGAUCUGAUUCUACACAAGUCCGCCAGUCGUAUUUCACACGGCGAUUUCGAAUUGAACCGCCCUCCAGGACAGCUACUCCUUGUUUCUCUCGAACUUGCCGGCCUGUUAGUAGAAGUCGGCGUCUGUAUCGCUGUUCUGGUCACUCACGCCUGGGGUCGUCAUGGUAAUGUUGCUGCCGCGGCGAAGCUUGCGUCGUGGGUAUAUAUUCUCACCCUGACUGCUGUGCGAUUUGCACUCUCGACUCUAGAUAAACAAAUCAAACCCCGGCUAUGGAACCACACCACCACCCUUUACGCUAUUCAAUGGCUUCUGACUGUCUUCGUCUUCCGCUCCGAGAUUAUCCACCCACUCUCGAGGCGCGCGUUGAUACUCUCUUCUAUUGAAUUUGCUGUGUUGACUAUCCUAGUUUUCUUGUCCAUCACCACCAGACGAGGAAAUAAGACCGUCCUGUUACAACAUGAAGAUGGUCUCGAACCUCCACACCAGCCAUAUGCUAGUUUGUUGUCUCUCGUGACCUUUUCGUGGCUCGACCCGAUGAUCUGGAAGGGCUAUUAUCAACCUUUGGAAUUGGAUGAUGUAUGGAAUUUGACGGUAUCGCGCCAUGCUGGCACUAUCCUACAUGAUUUCCGCCAACGCUAUAAACACUACCAACUACUGUGGAGACUGUUGCGUUAUUUCGACAAGGAUCUGAUCAUCCAGGCUGCUUGGACCGUGUUUUCAAAUCUGUUCACCUUUAUUCCUACCUUACUGCUUAAAGCCAUCCUAGAAUAUGUCGAAGAUCCACGAUCGACACCUGCAAAUGCUGUUUGGCUGUAUGCCAUUUUGUUGUUUGUAUCGGGAGCCAUUCAAGGAAUAGCAGAUGGUCAAGCUCUCUGGAUCGGCCGAAAUAAUAUUGGUUUGAAAUUGCGUGCAAUCAUCAUUGGUGAAAUAUAUUCCAAGGCGUUGCGACGCAAAGCUGGAGCAACUACCGAAGCUCAGGAGGACGGUGAGUCAAAGAAGAAAAAGAAGAAGUCUGGCAAAGAAGAGGAAAGCCCAGCCCACAUGGCCGGACUCGGCACGAUUAUCAACUUGAUGGCAAUUGACUCCUUCAAAGUCAGCGAAGCUUGUGCUUAUCUGCAUUUUCUGUGGGCCAGCGUACCGACUCAAGUGAUUGUCGCUAUCGUGCUUCUAUACCGUGUUCUCGGAUUCAGCUCGUUUGCCGGCAUUGGCCUCAUGGUUUUGAUCCUUCCCGUCAACCUCUUCAUUGCACGCAGCUUCCGGGUUAUUCAAAAUGAAAUUCUCUCCAAAACCGAUGCUCGGAUCCAUUCCACAAAUGAGGUACUGCAAAAUAUUCGAAUUAUCAAAUAUUUUGCCUGGGAACACCGUUUCAAGGAAAUCGUCAACGAGAAAAGGAAGGAAGAACUGAAAGCUUUGCGUUACAGAUACAUUCUUUGGUCUUUUGCAGCCACAGUAUGGUAUGGAACCCCGAUCCUCAUCACCCUUACAACCUUUCUCCUCUACACUGUGGUUGAGAAGAAGCGACUAUCUCCAUCUAUUGCUUUCCCGGCUUUGUCCAUGUUUUCACUCCUUCGAGUACCAUUGGAUCAGUUGGCAGACAUGAUUGCACACGUGCAAGAGGCCAAAGUAUCCAUUGACCGUGUCGAAAAAUUUCUAGAUGAAGAAGAGACAGCAAAGUAUAGUCAGCUACGUAAUCACCAGAACUCCGACCAACCUCCAAAAAUUGCUCUUGAGAACGCUACUCUGACAUGGGGUGCCAAGCCUAGAAGCGGCUCCCAGGAUGCUGCCGCCGAUUCUUUCCGGCUGAUUGACAUGGAUGUGUCGUUUAAGAUCGGUAGUUUGAACGUUGUUGCCGGUCCCACUGGCUCAGGAAAGACGUCUUUGCUGAUGGCCCUCUUGGGUGAAAUGAGACUUUUGACGGGCCAGGUCUUCCUUCCUGGAGUCACAACGAAUCGAGCUGAGCUACCCGUUGACCCCGAAACUUUACUUAUUGAGAGCAUCGCGUAUUGUGCUCAGGAAGCGUGGCUUGUAAACGACACGAUCAAGGAGAAUAUUGUCUUUUCUUCGCCUUUUGAUAUCCAGCGGUACAACGCCGUCAUCAAAGCUUGUGCCCUGGAACGCGAUUUCCAAAUACUGGAAGCAGGAGAUGAGACACUGGUUGGUGAGAAGGGUAUUAGUCUCUCAGGUGGUCAGAAGCAGCGUAUAUCUCUUGCACGCGCGAUGUACAGCCGAGCGCGCCAUUUGCUGCUAGAUGACUGUCUUAGCGCCGUUGAUUCCCACACUGCAAAGCAUAUAUUCCGGGAGGCCAUACGAGGUCCCCUCAUGGCACACCGGACUUGCGUCCUCGUUACGCAUAACAUUGCUCUCACCGUUCCCGAAGCGGACUAUGUGGUUGUCAUGGAUAAUGGCAAGAUCGCCACACAAGGAUCGGCCGAUGAUGUUGCAGCAUCUGGAGUGCUUGGUGACGAGCUCUUAAAAUCACGACCAACGUCGCGUGCAGGAUCCAAAGCUCCGUCUAUUCUUUUAUCUGAAGGGGAAGACCAAGCGGAGCACACAAACGGAGACACGAACGGAAAGACAAAUGGGACUGCUAAGGCUGUUCCAGGAGCCGACGCUCCUGAGGGUGGAAGACCUGGGACCAAGCACAAGGAAUCAAAAGCCGUUGGUAGUGUCAAGUGGACGACCAUUAAAAUGUAUUUGAAUGCUAUGGGCCCGUGGCAUUAUUGGAUUGCCGGCGUUGGUGUCUUCGUAGCUCAGCAGUUUGGCAGUGCCGCAACCAAUAUAUGGAUUCGACAGUGGGCAAAUGCGUAUGAUAUACAACAGGAUCAACCCGCAGAUGUAGGUAGCUAUGCAGCGAUGUCGAGUCUCAAGGGUCCAUCUUUUGUUGCAGGCAGUGUGCCGCGCACCAACUCGUGGGGCGAUUUUCAGCUGCUGAGCUCAUUCCGAAGUGCUGAAUCCAACAACAACGUGGAUGUGACAUACUACCUGAGUGUGUAUGCAUUGCUAGGUCUUACCUAUGUCAUCAUCUCGAUGGGCAGAGAGUUGGUUUUAUUUUGGGGCUCCCUUCAUGCUUCUUGGAAAAUACAUGAAACGUUAUUGCAAUCUGUCCUCCAUGCCAAAUUCAAAUUCUUUGACUCCACUCCCCUCGGUCAACUGAUGAACAGAUUUUCCAAGGAUGUUGAAGCUAUUGACCAAGAAGUAGCCCCGGUCACUAUUGGCAUGCUUCACAGCUUAGCUUCGGUCAUCAUGAUUGUGGGUAUUAUUUCUGUUAUCACGCCUGGCUUCCUGAUUGCGGCAGCGAUCAUUACUCUGACUUUCACCGCCAUCGGAGCUUUCUAUCUCAACGCAUCCAGGGACCUGAAGCGACUCGAAUCGGUACAACGCAGUCCUCUGUAUCAACAGUUUGGCGAGACUUUGACUGGUAUUGUCACUAUCCGAGCCUAUGGCGAUCCUCAGCGGUUCUUAAUCGACAAUCAUCGCCGUAUUGAUUCUUACAAUCGGCCGCAUAUUUACCUCUGGGCUAGCAACCGUUGGCUGGCUUUUCGUGCUGAUAUGAUUGGUGCUUUGGUCUCUUUCCUUUCCGCUGCCUUUGUUUUGACAAAUAUCGGCCAAAUCGAUGCUGGGGCUGCUGGUCUGUCUUUGACUUAUGCUGUCACGUUUACAGAAAACGUUUUAUGGUUGGUGCGGCUGUACGCAGAAGCUCAGACAAAUAUGAACUCUGUUGAACGUGUUCGUGAAUACUUGGAAGUCGAACAGGAAGCCGAUAAGAUUAUUGAGGAUCGCAGACCACCUUCUGGUUGGCCUAGCCGAGGCGCUGUGAAAUUCGUGGAUUACUCUACUCGAUACCGAUCUGACUUGGAUCGUGUGUUAAAAAAUGUUUCAUUCUCCGUCAGACCCGGAGAGAAGGUCGGUAUUGUUGGGCGAACUGGUGCUGGAAAGAGUUCGCUUGCACUGGCUCUAUUCCGAGGUCUAGAGGCCGAAACGGGAAAGAUUGUUAUUGACGGAAUCGAUAUUGGCAAUAUCGGCUUGCAAGAUCUGCGCGAGAAUAUUACCAUUGUUCCUCAAGACCCGACGCUUUUCACUGGAACUAUACGAAGCAACCUGGAUCCUUUCGGUCUAUUCAGUGACGAGCAAAUAUUUGUUGCUCUGCGACGUGUCCAUCUCAUUGGACAGGAGACCUCGGGCUCUGCCACACCAGCAAGCCCGAUCAACCAUUCAGUUGAAACCAUCUCCGGAGCGCCCGGCUCGGUUAUUCAAGAGAACAAAAAUAUAUUCCGAAAUUUGGAAUCCCCUGUCGCCGAAUCCGGGUCGAAUCUUUCCCAAGGACAGCGUCAGUUACUGUGUCUUGCUCGGGCGCUACUCAAGAAUCCUCGUGUUCUCAUGAUGGACGAAGCUACAGCCUCUAUUGACUACGCAACCGACGCCAAAAUCCAAGAAACUCUGCGUGAAUUAGAAGACAGCACUAUCAUCACCAUCGCCCAUAGAUUGCAAACAAUCAUUGACUACGACAAGGUGUUGGUGUUGGACCACGGCGAAGUCAUCGAAUUCGACCACCCGUGGACUUUGAUCAACAAGGAAAACGGCAGUUUCCGAUCUAUGUGUGAGAAUAGCGGAAACACAGAUGUGCUCAUUGAAGGAGCGAAAAAAGCAUGGGAGAGCAAAAGACUUGUCGAGAUGGAUUAA